GGAUUCCAAAUCCACAAACCAUCCAACACAACACCCCUCUUCUCGUGAGUUCCAUAAUUCACCAUUCUUUCUUUUUUGCUCCAUUUCUCUCUUUUUCCACUCCUCUGCUUCUCUCACCCUAACUUUCCCAACCCUAGCCCCUAGUUACUCCAACCCAUUUCUUCAAUUCUCCGUAACGGUUUCUCGAUCCGAUUAUCCGUUAUCCGUUAUCCGUUAUCAGAAAUCAAUUCGGGUUUUCCGCUGCUACAACACCAGAAGAACAACGAGGAGAUGCUCGCGACUCUCAUUUGAAGACUCCGUCGCCGCCGUUCAACGAGGUUCAAUCUGAAUUGGAAUCAGAACCACCGCUUACUGGCUCGCCGUGUUUGAUUGUGUUGGAUUUGAUUACCGAAGGAACAAACAAAUCUUGUUACUAUUCCUCUUCGGUUCGAUUCCACAACAAACCCUAGUUACUGUUGCUAUGGCUUCUCGAAGUUUCUGAUUUCAUAGGGCUUUGCUUCACCGGAUUCGGAUUCGUCUUUUUCUCUCGCUCAACAAGGAGAUUGGUUGGCUCGAUCGUAAUUGUACAAGGAAUUUGAUUUCUCUAGAUUCCGAGUUUCUUAACGAAGACGAAGCUUCAGAAAACUGUUGAAGAAUUCUAGAAGUGAAUCUCAUCGUUGUGGCGAUUGAUUGAAAGAGAAAUAUACCAUGGCGGUGUAUUAUAAAUUUAAAAGUGCAAGAGAUUAUGAUUCAAUUCCCAUGGAUGGUCCUUUCAUAUCUGUUGGUACUUUGAAAGAAAAAAUAUUUGAAUCCAAGCAUUUAGGGAGAGGUACAGAUUUUGAUCUUCUGGUCACCAACGCUCAAACCAAUGAAGAAUAUCUUGAUGAAGAAAUGCUGGUCCCUAAAAAUACCUCAGUGUUAAUUCGUCGUGUACCAGGACGGCCACGUUUACCAAUUGUUACCGAACUACAAACAAAUGUGGAAAAUAAGGUGGUGGAGACUGAUCCUGCGAACAGUAGCUUAGCAGCCGAUGAUAUGGCUGCCAUGAAAUAUCCUGAAGAGUCAGAUUGGGAUGAAUUUGGUAAUGAUUUGUAUUCAAUACCCGAUCAACUUCCAGUUCAAUCGGUCAAGUUGAUUCCAGAGGCUCCUCCAUCAAGCAAAGUUGAUGAAGAAAGUAAGCUUAAGGCGUUGAUUGAUACUCCAGCGUUGGAUUGGCAACAUCAAAGUUCAGACUUUGGCCCUGGUAGAGGUUUUGGAAGGGGCAUGGGUGGACGAAUGGGCGGUGGGCGCGGUUUUGGGAUGGAGCGGAAAACACCUCCACAAGGAUAUGUAUGUCACAGAUGCAAGAUGCCUGGACAUUUCAUUCAACACUGCCCAACAAAUGGUGAUCCAAAUUAUGACAUCAAGAGAGUAAAACAACCUACUGGUAUUCCUAGAUCUAUGCUGAUGGUAAAUCCACAAGGUUCCUAUGCUUUACCAAAUGGUUCAGUAGCUGUUUUGAAGCCAAAUGAGGCUGCUUUUGAGAAAGAAAUAGAAGGGAUGCCAUCUACACGUUCUGUUGGGGAUCUGCCACCUGAGCUCCACUGUCCCUUGUGCAGCAAUGUUAUGAAAGAUGCUGUGUUGACAAGCAAGUGUUGUUUUAAAAGUUUCUGUGACAAAUGUAUUAGGGACUACAUUAUCUCCAAAUCUAUGUGUGUAUGUGGUGCAACAAAUAUUCUUGCAGAUGAUCUUUUACCGAAUAAGACACUAAGGGAUACCAUCAAUCGCAUACUGGAGUCAGGCAAUAGCAGUACUGAAAAUGCUGGGAGUACUUUUCAAGUUCAAGAUAUGGAGUCUGCCCGCUGUCCACAGCCAAAGAAUCCCUCUCCAACAUCAUCUGCUGCCUCCAAGGGAGAACUGAAGAUUUCACUUGUUAAUGAUGGAACAACAAAUAUACAGGACACAGCUGGUGAAAUAAAAGCCAUUUCUGCUCCACAGCAGACAUCAGAGCAUCUAAAGAUCCCUAGAGUCAAUGAUGUAUCUGAAGCUACUCAUGAAUCAAUGAGUGUGAAGGAACCAGUUUCACAAGGGAGUGCCCAGGUGGUUGAGGAAGAAGUGCAGCAAAAGUUGGUUUCUUCUGAGGCUGCAAAGAAAAAGAAAAAGAAGAAAGUCCGGAUGCCUACAAAUGAUUUUCAGUGGAAACCCCCACAUGAUCUUGGGGCUGAGAACUAUAUGAUGCCAAUGGGCCCACCUCCUGGUUAUAACCCAUACUGGAAUGGUAUCCAACCUGGUAUGGAUGGAUUUAUGGCCCCAUAUGCUGCUGCUGGUCCAAUGCAUAUGAUGGGUUACGGUCUAGGCCCCUAUGACAUGCCAUUUCCAAAUGGUAUGGCACAUGACCCAUUUGCAAAUGGUAUGGCUCAUGACCCAUUUGCAAAUGGUAUGGCUCAUGACCCAUUUGCAAAUGGUAUGGUUCAUGAUCCAUUUGCAAAUGGUAUGGCUCAUGACCCAUUUGGCAUGCAUGGUUACAUGAUGCCUCCUAUUCCUCCUCCGCCUCAUAGGGAUCUUGCCGAGUUCAGUAUGGGGAUGAAUGGUCCACCUCCGGCUAUGAGUAGAGAGGAAUUUGAAGCUCGGAACGCCAAUUUGAGGAGGAAGCGUGAAAAUGAGAGGCGGGGGGAAAGAGACUUCUCCAAAGAUCGAGAGUUUGGUAGGGAAGCAAGCAGUGUUGGGGAUGUUUCUUCAAUAAAAUCAAAAACUAAACCUAUUCCACCGUCUUCGGGUAGUGAUUAUCAUCAACACCGACACCGUUCUGAACGACUAUCGCCAGAACGAACACACCGUGAAGUGGAACCGCCACGUCCAAUUAAAAGAAAAUCAGAUCACCACUCAGAACGCGAGCGUGAUGAUAGGGAUCGCGACUACGAGCAUGACCAUCACCAGCACCGCCGUCAUCACCGAACAGAAUCCUCAUCCAGGAAAUCAUUGGAACCAGUUGCCAAAUCCUCAUCCAGGAAAUCAUCGGAACCAGUUGCCAAAUCUACAUCUCGAAAGUCACCAGAGCCAGUGGGAAAAUCCUCAUCGAAUGCUUCACAAGCUAUGGCGGCAGCAGCCGCAGCGGCGGAUCGCAAGCAUAAGGCCAGCGUCUUCACACGGAUAAGUUUCCCUUCGGAAGAAGAAGCCGCUGCGAAGAAGAGAAAAAUCAGCGCUACUUCAGUGACAGAAUCUUCCACCGCGACUGCCAGUGCAUCUGCGGCACCUCCCAAUAGCUAUUACGAAGGGAAGAAGAGUAACACCGACAUGGACGAUUACGAAUCUAGCGACGAUGAACGGCAUUUCAAACGAAGGCCGUCAAGGUACGAGCCUUCUCCUCCGCCGCAGGCUACGGAUUGGAAGGAGGAAGGAAGACACUCUAGAGGAACGAGAGAUCGGAAGCAUCGUUAGUUGAAAGAUUUAGAAGAGUUGCGUGUCAUCGACGUUUACACUGUUGUAGUGCUCUUUACGCUACGGAAUCAUCGCCAUUAAAAUCUUUACCUUUACCUUUCUCUUCCGAUGCUUAAAAUAAACUUUGUUAGCAUGUUUUUUACCCUGUAUAACUUGGUUGUGACUGUUAAGUAUCAAUAAUUUCGUCCUUGUACAAUUAUGUACUAGUAUGUUUUAUUCAAAUCUAAUUAAAUGAAUCUAUUUGUUGUUUCGAUUCA